AUGUCCUUGAAACCACGAGUAGUUGACUUUGAUGAAACAUGGAACAAACUUCUAACAACAAUUAAAGCUGUUGUUAUGUUGGAUUACGUGGAAAGAGCAACGUGGAAUGAUCGCUUCUCAGACAUUUAUGCUUUGUGUGUUGCCUAUCCUGAACCUCUUGGAGAGAGACUUUAUACUGAGACUAAAAUUUUUUUGGAAAAUCAUGUACGCCAUUUGCACAAGAGAGUUCUGGAAGCUGAAGAACAAGUACUGGUUAUGUAUCACAGAUACUGGGAAGAGUAUAGCAAAGGAGCAGACUAUAUGGACUGUUUAUACAGGUACCUCAACACACAGUUUAUUAAGAAGAACAAAUUGACUGAAGCUGAUCUUCAGUAUGGUUACGGCGGGGUGGAUAUGAAUGAACCAUUGAUGGAAAUAGGAGAGCUAGCUCUUGAUAUGUGGAGAAAAUUAAUGAUUGAACCACUGCAGGCCAUCCUUAUUCGGAUGCUCCUUCGAGAAAUAAAAAACCCAAGCACUCCUCCUACAAGGCAAGCUGAAUAUCAACUUACGCAUUUUUGUUUCAACACAACAGGAAGCCGACAAGAUCUCGAAUUUGAUCGCUGUGGAGAAGACCCAAACCAGAAAGUAAUCCAUGGGGUUAUUAACUCCUUUGUUCAUGUUGAACAGUAUAAGAAAAAAUUCCCCCUAAAGUUUUAUCAGGAAAUUUUUGAGUGUCCUUUUCUGAAUGAAACAGGGGAGUAUUAUAAACAAGAAGCUUCAAAUUUAUUGCAAGAGUCAAAUUGCUCACAAUACAUGGAGAAGGUUUUAGGUAGAUUAAAAGAUGAAGAAAUGCGAUGUCGGAAAUACUUGCAUCCCAGCUCAUAUGGCAAAGUAAUUCAUGAAUGCCAACAGAGAAUGGUAGCUGAUCACUUGCAGUUUCUACAUGCAGAAUGUCACAAUAUUAUCAGACAAGAAAAAAGAAGUGACAUGGCAAAUAUGUAUACUCUACUUCGUGCUGUGUCAAGUGGUUUACCUCAUAUGAUUCAGGAACUACAAAACCAUAUCCAUGAUGAGGGCCUUAGAGCAACCAGCAAUCUUUCUCAGGAAAAUAUGCCAACUCAGUUUGUGGAAUCAGUUUUGGAAGUACAUAGUAAAUUUGUUCAACUCAUCAACACUGUUUUAAAUGGUGAUCAACAUUUUAUGAGUGCACUUGACAAGGCUUUGACAUCAGUAGUUAACUAUAGGGAGCCCAAGUCGAUCUGUAAAGCACCUGAGUUGCUGGCCAAGUACUGUGACAACUUGUUGAAGAAAUCAGCAAAAGGAAUGACGGAGAAUGAAGUAGAAGACAAACUUACAAGUUUCAUUACUGUUUUCAAAUACAUUGAUGACAAAGAUGUAUUCCAAAAGUUCUACGCCAGAAUGUUGGCAAAAAGAUUAAUUCAUGGUUUGUCUAUGUCUAUGGAUUCUGAAGAAGCCAUGAUUAAUAAAUUAAAGCAAGCCUGUGGUUAUGAAUUUACCAGCAAGCUCCAUCGAAUGUAUACAGACAUGAGUGUUAGUGCUGAUCUCAACAACAAAUUCAACAACUUUAUCAAAAACCAGGACACGAUUAUAGAUUUGGGAAUUAGUUUUCAGAUAUAUGUUCUACAGGCUGGUGCGUGGCCUCUAACUCAGGCUCCUUCUUCUACAUUUGCAAUUCCUCAGGAACUGGAAAAAAGUGUACAGAUG